UCCGUUAGUCUUCAAUGAACCGCCGCGGACUAAAGACGUUGUUGCUAGUGUGUUGUUACGCCGUCCCACACGACGGGGCUUCUGAUUGAUAAGUGCUAUCAAUAUAUUUUUUUUCCUUGGAGCGAGAAUUCUUCUAGUUUUUAACCAAGGGCGACAUUUAAACUACUCCUUCCACCAUGAUUUCCACCGGGUGUAUCGGAACCCUGGUACUAGCCGUAACAUUUCUAAGUUUGCUGGAUCCUGGAUUAGGCUGCAGUAAAGUUCCGGUCUUCAACGGGCGCCCCGUCACCAAGGAGAAGAAAUCAGGCGAUAACGGGUAUCGGCUGGCCAUUCGAAACGAUCCCAAAGGAUAUGAACCGGGGAAAAUCUAUAACCUGUUCCUAGUCGGUUCGAGAACCCACGUGAAGCUGCAACAAUUCUCACACUUUAUGCUGACAGCUCAGGCCACCAGCAGCUCGUCUAGCGGGGCCAGAACGUUCAUCGCAGGUCCGAAACGAGUGGGUCGCUUUCAGCUGUUCAGCGACUCCCUCACUAAGUUCUACGACCAUUGCGUGAACACUGUCACUCAGGCGGACGACUUCCCCAAAACGGAAGUGCAGGUUAUGUGGGUUGCCCCGGCCAGUGGAUCCGGAUGCGUUAGCCUGUCGGCCAUGGUAUUCGAGAGUGAAGACUCCUGGUACUCGGACGAGGGAGCUCUGACCAAGGUCCUUUGCGAGAUGAAACCAGAACCCAAGAUCAUGAAGGGGGAGUGCUGCGCCUGUGAUGAAGCUAAGUAUAAUUUCAUCUUUGAAGGAAUCUGGUCGAACGAAACUCACCCGAAGGACUUUCCUUUCGCCGUUUGGUUGACGCACUUCUCCGAUAUCAUUGGGGCAUCGCACGAUACGAACUUCUCGUUCUGGGGUGAAAACCACAUUUCAACCGAUGGGUUUCGAUCGCUAGCUGAGUGGGGCUCGGUUCGUCAGCUGGAACAGGAACUCCGUGCCAAAGGUCCAAGGUUACGUACUUUGAUCAAGGCUGCCGGGUUGUGGUACCCGAGGGUCAAUUCGAACACUUCUUCCAACUUUAGGGUGGAUCGGAAGCAUCAUAAGGUAUCGCUUGCGUCUAUGUUUGGUCCAUCUCCGGAUUGGGUAGUCGGCGUUAGUGGUCUGGAUCUAUGCAGUGAAGACUGUACCUGGGUAGACUCACUCGAUGUAGAUCUGUUCCCGUGGGAUGCUGGCACCGAUAACGGUAUCAGCUACAUGUCAGCUAAUUCAGAAACCCAACCUAGAGAACGAAUGCACAGAAUAACGACAAUGUACCCCGAGGAUCCUAGGGCUCCAUUUUACAAUCCCAAGGCGAAGGAAAUGGUUCCUCUUGCCAAGGUCUAUUUUAGGAGAGAAAAGAUCAUUCAUCGAAACUGUGACGAUGAAUUUCUUGAAGCGCAAGUUCUGGAAUUGGCCGAAAAUACGGAAGAAGUCAACCGGGUUGAGUGCGAAACGACGGGCUACAGCGAGUGGACUCCUUGCUCGGUGAGUUGUGGCAAAGGCAUCCGAAUGAGAACCAGAGAAUAUCUGCAAUCGGACAAGGCUGCCCGGUAUCAGUGCAAUCGGCAGCUCAUUUCCAAGGAGAUGUGCGUUGCCGAUGUUCCGGAGUGUCCAGAUGAAGGGCCUGAUGCCGACGAUAGUUCCGAAGAUAUUCGGAAAGUUGCUGCCAACGUUGAUGACGACGGUGAAGGGAUUGGAGUUUGUAAAACCACCAGAUGGAGCGAAUGGAGUGAGUGUUCGGCAUCGUGUGGCAUUGGAGUCACCAUGAGGACCAGAACGUUCAUCAACCAUAUGGGUCGCAAGAAGUGUCCGCACAUCAGUGUUGUCGAAAAGCAAAAAUGCAUGCAACCCGAGUGCACCCUGACGGAUGUCGAGAUCCCGGAUCCGAUGUGUCCGGUAACAUCUUGGAGCGAUUGGAGCCCGUGCAGCGCCACCUGUGGCAAGGGUGUCAAAAUAAGAACCCGUUUGCUUUUGGUGGGACCGGAACUGAUCGAUAAAUGUUCCCAGCGGAUUGAACUAAAUCAGCAGCGGGCUUGUACGGAAAAGUCGGACUGUUUGUUCGAUGUUUUCACGGCCCGGGAGAUCUGUUCCCAGAAACCGGAAACCGGACCUUGUCGGGGUAAAUAUCAGCGCUACGCGUACGAUUCGGAUCGGAGCACUUGCGUGCCAUUCUUCUACGGAGGCUGCCGAGGAAACCGGAACAACUUUUUGACCAACGAAGAUUGUAUGCAGACGUGUCGAGUGGCUAUCGAACCUGAACAAGCCCGUGACAUCCACCUUCAUCCAACUUCUGGACCGAGUCGAAGAUCUCAGGAGCAAACGGAAGACAACCUUCCGGUGGACUGUGUACUGUCCGACUGGACCGAAUGGACUCCGUGCAGUGUGACCUGUGGAACCGGACGUUCCGAGCGCUAUCGUAAUGUGGUCCUUCCGGCCCGAAACGGUGGACAACCCUGCCCCGGAAGAAUCGUGAAACGACGGAAGUGCACCGGGCCUCCGUGUGCUUGAUUGGUUGAAGAAGUUGAAUUGAGGCGCUUAGGAUCAGAGGGGUGCAAGUGCCGAAAUGAUGAUUUCGAGAAAACGGGCCUCAAAGUUUGUUUUUCUAAAUCAAAAUUAUGGAAUCAAUUUUUCUACUAAAUUUUCGAUGGAGUGUGUCUCAUGAGAUCUAAAAUGAACGAUUCUGAAAGAAAAACCAAAGUUUUUGCGAUAUUUAUGUUAAAACGGCGAACUACUUUUAUUGAUAUUUUUCACUUGCACCCUUCUGAUCCCAAGAAUGACACUUGCACCCCUCUGACUCCAAACAAUAUGAUAGCAUCCUUUUGGAACCUGUAUGUAACGAGUAUUUUCAGUAUAAUACUAGAUGUUUUGUUUUUGUUCACACAUUUAGUUUUCUGCGUUUUCGGGCUUUAAAUUUCUAUGCAACUCAUAAUGAACGAGGUUUGCAUGUUCCACUAUCCUUUUUUUUUGUUUCGAUUAUAGUCGUUUUACCAUCUUUAUGGCAUUCGCGACUUUAUCAACGUUACAGUUACGGAUCGUUAUUGAAAAACUAUCCGGUACAACUGUGUUCGAUGUUUGCUCUUGGGCUCGAACUCGCGGACAUCGGCUCAGGAGACAACAGACUUGCCAACUGAGCUAUAUCACAAGCCCCGUUCCACUAUCCUAAUUCCCAGAAUUUGUUGUAAACUUUCAAUCUCUCUUUUUCCUUAAUGGAUACACAAGAAUGCAUAUGUGUUCAUUCAUUGAAAUUAACUGUUUAGCUGGUCGCUUUUUCCGGUAGAACCAACGUACGCUUCCCCUUGGAUUCGUAGCUUUUUUCGCAAGAUGAGUAUCCAGACUGCCUGAUUUCGUUGGCGUUUUUGGGGUCUAGAUGAAUGGCCAGUUGACUCUCCAGGAAUGGACUCAUUCUCGCUAGCAACUGCAGCAGCAGCAACUUCUGAUUCUCCAGAAGAACCGUGGAUGUUUAACUUUUCUUUUUUUGGUCUUAUUAUAUUUUUAAAUUGCGACCCAGAGAUGGUCUUAUUAUAAAAAUUCUCUUUCCUAAGAAGUUAUGUAAAUAUUCCUUCAAGGACUUAAUGUAAUUUUUUAUAAACUACCUGUCGCAACGUCUCAUCUGAACUUUUAGAAGUUUCAUUUUGUUCCGUGGGAUAGUAGGGGAGAGGCGGGCUAUAUGCGCAUAUUAAGGAAAGCACUCAUGUUCUCCCAUAUUCCAAUAGAUAGGAGUCGGAAAACUAUAUACACAUGAGCGGACAUCUGUUUUCUAUACGUCAGAGCAAUUUUUCUAUUAAAAUCUCUUACAGUUUUUGUGAAAAUAAUUUUAUAAUAAAAGAAGUCAAAAUAGCCGAUUUCCGAAACUGGCGGGCUAAAUGCGCAUAUUUAUGAUUUUAGCUAUAUUUCAUUAACACUUGCAAUAUUUUGAUACUAUUUAAUUUAAAAUGGUAGAAACGGAUGUUAAGCAUACGUCAAGGCUGAAAUUUUGGUGAAAUUUUUUACAUCACUUAUUCUUUUGCAUAAAACAUAGUUAGGUAUGCCAUAUGGCCAUAUUUCAUGGUAAUAUUUUGUUCAUAUCGUAUUUUUAUCGGAUCAGUAUGAAGUUUUUCUUUUUUCGCUGUAAGAUCGUGAUUUGAGCGUAGAUUUAAUGUUUAAAUGAUAAAAAUUCAUAAGACUAUUAUAUUUUUCUUGAUAUAGGCAUUUAACCUGCCUUGAUAUAGGCAUUCAGAACCUGUCUCUUAUUCCAAUAUCUUAUCACUUACAACUUUGCCAAAAGCUUCAAUUUGUUGAAUUUCCGAUUUCCAGAUGAAUUAGAAAGAAAAACCAUUAAAAUUUUUGUUCACAGAAUCUGUACGCACGAUAAUUAAAGUUCAAUAUAUUAUAAUAAAACAAACAAAAAUUUUGUUUGAAUUUUUUAAUUUUUUUGGCUUUAUAUAACCAUCAAAUUUCUUCAUGCCAUGUUUCAAUAGCGUAUUACCCUCAAACUGCACUGAUUAGAUACGUUGAAUCUCCAGCCAUAUCGUCAAUCGGCUGUAUGCGCAUAUUACCCAACAUGCGCAUUUAGGAAUACUUCCCCCUAUGUGACAUCAUGAUCAGAGCCUGUCGAAAACUCUGAAUCCUUUGAGCUUUCAUCCGAGAGAUUUUUCUUAGAUAUAUUUGCCAAAAAAUUAUUUUUAAGUGCGUUUUGUAUUUGCCUUUUAUCCCAAUUAGAAUUAUCUAAAUUUGCCAUAAAAAAAUAUUUUGGAAUUUUUUGUAUACAUAACAAUGAGAUUUUCAUGCUGACGAAGUUACACCUGAAUCUAUUUUCAUCACUUCUCUAUCUGGGGACUUAGGAUUAUUCUGGUCAGAACCAGUAGAAAAUCCUAGUCGGAGCUAGAUGAUGUUGUUUUCAACUGACAAAAAUGUAUACGUUCUAAUGAAAUCAGCCUAAAAGUAUAAUCCUUUGGUGUCAGAAGGGUGCAAGUGCACUUGCACCCUUCUGACACCAAACGAAACAGGAUUUUAAUUGACACGUUUUUUUAUAAAUAGCUUAAAAAUAUCGAAAUAAUUUUUCUUUUGACCUGUGUCUUCUACAGAAUGUUAAUCUAUACUUUAACUAUCCGAAAAACAGUUUAUCUCAGUUUCGAUAAAAAAUCACUUGCACCCCUCUGAUCCUAAGUGCCUCAAUUCAAAUUAAUAUCUUAAAAG